AAGUAAAGAAGAAGCACAACAGGAAUGUAAACAGCUGGAGGUGUUGCACAUGUGCCUUGGACUUGACUCCGAAACUAGGAGACUCAGGAAGAAUGUACCAUCUUGGACAGGAUCUGCCAGGCGUCGAUGUGGACGACAUCGAGGAUUUGAUAUCUGCUGAUGAUGUGAAGCCGAGGGAGCGCUACGAAAACAAGAAAAACGUUACGGUGCGCGCCAAGAAACGCACGCAAAUCAGACUAGAAAGCGAGGAGGAGGAUGAGAAGCCAAAGCCCACGAUUCAUGAGAGCGUGAUACCCGGCACCCAAAAGGUAUUUGUGAAAACAUGGGGCUGUGCCCACAACAACUCGGACUCGGAGUACAUGGCCGGGCAACUGGCGGCCUACGGCUACAGAUUAAGCGGCAAAGAGGAGGCGGACUUGUGGCUACUGAAUAGCUGCACGGUGAAGAAUCCCUCGGAGGACACGUUCCGCAACGAGAUCGAAUCCGGCAUGCGAAAUGGAAAGCAUGUUGUGGUCGCUGGGUGCGUUCCCCAAGGAGCUCCGAAAUCAGACUACCUAAAUGGGCUUUCCGUAAUCGGUGUACAGCAGAUCGAUCGUGUGGUGGAGGUCGUUGAGGAGACCCUAAAGGGUCACAGCGUUCAACUGCUGCAGAACAAGAAGAAGGUCCAUGGCCGGCGAGUAGCAGGGGCUCCUCUCUCGUUGCCGAAAGUGCGUAAGAACCCGUUGAUCGAGAUCAUUUCUAUCAACUCGGGCUGUCUGAAUCAGUGCACCUACUGCAAGACCAAGCAUGCUCGCGGUGAUCUGGCUAGUUAUCCUCCUGAAGAGGUGGUGGAACGUGCUCGCCAGUCCUUCGCCGAAGGCUGCUGCGAGAUCUGGCUUACGUCCGAAGACACUGGAGCUUAUGGUCGGGACAUAGGCAGCUCGCUGCCGGAACUGCUUUGGCAGCUGGUUGAAGUGAUUCCCGAGCAUUGUAUGCUGCGUGUGGGUAUGACAAAUCCGCCCUACAUACUGGAACACCUUGAAGAAGUGGCCAAGGUGCUGCAGCACCCGAGAGUUUACGCCUUUUUGCAUGUUCCUGUGCAGAGCGGCAGUGACUCAGUGUUGGGCGAAAUGAAGCGGGAGUACUGCCGCCAGGACUUCGAGCACGUAGUGGACUUUUUAAGAGAGCGUGUGCCGGGCCUGACGAUUGCCACCGAUAUAAUUUGUGGAUUCCCAACAGAGACCGAGGCGGAUUUCGAAGAGACGAUGACGCUAUGCGCCAAAUAUCGCUUCCCUAGCUUGUUCAUCAAUCAAUUUUUUCCUCGACCGGGCACACCAGCUGCCAAAAUGGAGCGAAUACCCGCAAACCUGGUGAAAAAGCGAACUAAACGGCUCACAGAUCUCUUCUACAGCUAUGAACCAUAUGCGGAAAGAGUGGGUGAAAUAUACACUGUUCUGGUCACAGAAGUUUCCCACGACAAACUGCACUACGUCGGUCACAACAAGAGCUAUGAACAGGUACUGCUGCCCAUGCGGGAGAAUCUCCUGGACCGUGUCCAUGUUCGAAUAACCAGUGUCAGCAAGUUCAGCAUGGUAGGCGAAAUUUUGGAUGACGAGCGGGAUUGGACGAGAUGUGCAAACAAACAGGAGGUGCAGGAGGUACAGAUCCAAACCAGAAAUCGGGAGAAGCUAAUCCAACGAUAUGUGGGCAUUGCCCUGGUGGUGGGCAGUCUUGCUUUUCUGAUUCAACUGCUCAUACGGUUCCUUUAAUUGCAAUAAAACAGCUUCUCGUUCCGAA